AUGGUGGCCAAUAGAGGUGAAAUUGCUAUUCGUGUGUUUCGUGCCUGUACAGAAAUGAAUAUUAGAACAGUAGCUAUAUAUUCUGAACAAGAUAUGAUGCACAUGCACCGCCAGAAAGCUGAUGAAUCAUAUUUAAUUGGGAAAGGUCUACCUCCAGUGGCAGCCUAUUUAAAUAUACCAGAGAUUAUUCAUAUAGCCAAGGAAAAUGGUGUUGAUGCCAUACAUCCUGGUUAUGGAUUUCUAUCAGAAAGAUCAGAUUUUGCUGCUGCGUGUAUUGAUGCUGGUGUAAAUUUUAUUGGACCGUCUCCAGAAGUUGUUCGUAAAAUGGGAGAUAAAGUAGAGGCUCGACAAGCUGCCAUAUCUGCUGGAGUGGAAGUAGUGCCAGGAACAGACGGACCAGUAAAAUCAGCAGAAGAGGCUGUUAAUUUCUGUAAAGAUCAUGGUCUACCUGUUAUAUUUAAAGCAGCCUAUGGUGGAGGUGGACGUGGAAUGAGAGUGGUUAGAAAGUUAGAUGAAGUGAAAGAAAACUUUAAUCGUGCCACCUCAGAAGCUUUGACAGCUUUUGGUAAUGGUUCUCUGUUUUUAGAAAAAUUCAUUGAAAGACCCAGACAUAUAGAAGUUCAGAUUAUAGGUGAUUCUCAUGGAAGUGUGAUUCAUCUGUUUGAGAGAGAUUGUUCUGUACAGAGACGACAUCAGAAAGUUGUAGAGAUUGCUCCAGCUCCCCAUCUAGAUCCUGUCUUAAGAGACAAAAUGACAAGAGAUGCUGUAAAUCUCUGUAAACAUGUAGGAUAUGAGAAUGCUGGUACUGUUGAGUUUUUAUUGGAUAACACAGGAAGAUAUUAUUUUAUUGAAGUUAACGCCAGAUUACAGGUGGAGCACACUGUGACCGAGGAAGUUACAGGUGUUGAUUUAGUUCAAUCUCAGAUUAGAAUAGCUGAGGGCCAUAAACUAGAAGAUUUAAAACUGACCCAAGAAAAGGUGAAGUUAAACGGCUGCGCUAUUCAAUGUCGUAUGACAACAGAAGAUCCUGCUAAACAAUUCCAACCAGACACAGGACGAAUUGAGGUAUUUAGAAGUGGUGAAGGAAUGGGUAUCCGAUUGGACAGUGCGUCUGCCUUUGCAGGAGCCAUUGUUUCACCAUAUUAUGAUUCCCUAUUGGUUAAAAUUAUCGCCAAGGCUCAGGACCACCCUUCUGCUGUUGCCAAAAUGUUACGAGCUUUAAAAGAAUUUAGAAUCCGUGGAGUGAAGACCAAUAUACCCUUCCUACUGAAUGUCCUAGAAAAUGAAAAAUUUGUAUCAGGUUCAGUUGACACAUACUUUAUUGAUGAAAAUCCACAACUAUUCCAAUUCCAACCAUCACAGAACAGAGCUCAAAAAUUACUUCACUACAUGGGACAAGUAAUGGUGAAUGGACCUUCUACUCCCCUAGCAACCAAUCUUCAACCCAGUGAAACUGUACCAACUGUCCCAGAAACCCCUGUUGCUCAGAAACCACAGGGUGGAUGGAGAGAUGUUUUAAUAAAAGAUGGACCAGAAGCAUUUGCCAAGAAAGUUCGACAAAAUGACGGUUUGUUGCUAAUGGAUACAACUUAUCGCGAUGCUCACCAGUCUCUAUUAGCAACACGAGUUCGAACGUACGAUUUAAAACGUAUCUCACCCUAUACAGCUCAUAACUUCACCAACUUGUACAGUUUAGAGAACUGGGGAGGAGCCACAUUUGAUGUAGCACUAAGAUUUCUUCAUGAAUGCCCUUGGGAGAGAUUAGACACCCUACGUAAAUCUAUACCCAAUAUACCUUUUCAAAUGUUACUACGGGGAGCCAACGCUGUGGGUUAUACUAACUACCCUGAUAAUGUUGUUUACAAAUUUUGUGAAUUAGCAGUAAAACAUGGCAUGGAUAUUUUCCGUAUUUUUGAUUCGCUGAAUUAUUUACCCAAUAUUAUUGUUGGUAUGGAUGCUGUGGGAAAAGCCGGUGGUGUGAUAGAAGCUGCAAUAUCCUACACUGGAGAUGUGUCAGAUCCCAGUAAAACUAAAUAUAACCUGAAAUAUUAUGAAGAUUUGGCGUCUGAAUUAGUGAAAGCUGGAACUCAUAUUCUCUGUAUUAAGGACAUGGCAGGUCUCCUGAAGCCCAAAGCAGCUCGACUAUUAGUCACAGCUCUUCGUGAUAAAUUCCCAGAUAUACCAAUUCAUGUUCAUACCCAUGAUACAUCUGGUGCAGGUGUGGCAGCCAUGUUGGCUGCAGCAGAAGCAGGAGCUGAUGUUGUUGACGUAGCUGUUGAUUCAAUGUCUGGAAUGACAUCACAGCCCAGUAUGGGAGCUGUGGUUGCUGCUUUAGAAAAUACUCAAUUAGAUACAGGAAUAAGUCUUGAAAACGUGUCAACCUAUUCAGCUUACUGGGAACAAACUAGAAAUCUCUACGCCCCAUUUGAAUGUUGUGUGACCAUGAAGAGUGGAAAUUCUGAUAUUUAUAAAAAUGAGAUCCCUGGUGGACAAUACACAAAUCUUCAGUUCCAAGCAUUUAGUCUGGGUCUAGCUGAUCAGUUUGAAGAAGUAAAGAAAAUGUAUUCUGUAGCCAAUAGGUUGCUAGGUGAUAUUCCCAAGGUUACUCCUUCAUCUAAAGUUGUAGGAGAUAUGGCCCAGUUUAUGGUCCAGAAUAAACUAACAGCUAAAAUGGUGGAAGACAGAGCUGAAGAGUUGUCUUUCCCUAAAUCUGUCAUUGAAUAUUUCCAAGGUUACCUUGGAGCACCACCUGGGGGUUACCCUGAGCCUCUUAGAUCUAAGGUAAAGCUUUGUUUUUGUGUUUUUCAAAAUAUUUUACGAGGUGCUAAAACAUUCGAUGAGCGACCUGGUGCCACUCUGCCACCGCUAGAUUUUGGUAAAUUAAAGACAGAUUUAGAAGAGAAACAUGGGAAAACUAUUAAAGAAGAAGAUGUAAUGAGUGCUGCCUUGUAUCCAUCAGUUACAGAUGAAUAUCUAGAAUUCACAGAUAAAUAUGGCCCUGUUGACUGCCUAGAUACCAGGAUGUUUUUAGUUGGUCCUAAAGUAGCAACUGAAACUGAGGUUGAGAUAGAAAGAGGUAAAACAUUAUCCAUAAAAACACUGGCUGUGGGUGAUAUUAAUAAAGCUGGUUCAAGAGAAGUAUUCUUUGAGUUAAAUGGACAAUUACGAUCAGUUCAUAUUAAAGAUACAGAGGCUAUGAAGGAGAUGCAUUUCCAUCCUAAAGCUUCUAAAGGUGUGAAAGGAUCAGUAGGAGCUCCAAUGCCUGGUGAAAUUAUUGAUAUUAAGGUUUCUGUAGGAGAUAAAGUGGUUCAAGGACAGCCGAUUGUUGUUCUCAGUGCUAUGAAGAUGGAAAUGGUGGUCAACGCUCCAAUGGAUGGAACAGUGAAAUCUAUGAGUAUUGAAAAGGGAAUGAAAUUAGAAGGAAGUGAUCUUUUAUUGGAUAUUGAGUGAUUUAAAUGGCUUUGAUUCUUUCUUGGACUUUCCCUUCAAAAUUUAGAUAAUGGUGUGAGAAUGAGUUACCAAUCGUGUCUGACUGGAGCAAUGAUUUUAUAACUUGUCGUGAAGAUGUUUUAGCUAAUGCAAUGAGCUCCAGGUUGCAAAGUAAGAUUGUUGAUUUGAUAGGACUUGCCAGUCAUGUCUGAUUAGAACUAUUAAUGUCACUCUCAUAUUGAGGCUUGAAUAUUAUAGUUAGUUCUUCAUAUCUGUUUUGAAAUCAUUCAAAAAAAUUAAUAUUAUUUAAUAUUGUUGGUUAGCCAGUCAUGUCAGAUUGCUGCUAGAAGUGUCAUAGGGGCCAAGCUAAAAGGUUUGCCCCUUGUCCAAGAGUUUUAUUGUUGUAUGGCAAUAGAAAAUAUACUAAAAUCAAUUGUCUAGUAUUUGGCACGGGAUAUUGUGUUUGAUUUUUCUUCUAUUUUACAUUCAUAAUUUAUCUUUGAUCUUAAUAGUAUUAUCUUUGUUGUCGUGUAUAAUAUGAUUGACAUCUUUAGAACGUAAAAUCAUUUUAAAAUGUUUCAAUAGAUUAUGAUAUUUGUUGUCAUGUGUUGAGAAGUUUAUUUAUAACAUACAGGGUUGCUAUUGCUGGCUUCUUAUAAUAACAGUUUGAAGGGUAGAGUUUGUAUUUAUUUACUUUCAAAUUGUAUUUUUUUAUUUGUUUUGAAAUGUUAAAUUUUUUCGAGCAGACUUCACUGCUUGUGUUGAAAUGUCCCAAAUGUGCAUAAAUAUCUUUGUACUACUUCCUCUUUACUCUUGUUUUUGUUAUGUUAUUACUUGUUAAUGAAAAUCAAUUAGAAUAAUUGCAACUGCCAUAUUUCUUUUUAUAGUUUAUACAUUUAUAGUCUUCUUCCAAAUUUGUACAAUGUGUAAAAAUGUGAAUUUACAAGGUAGGCCUACAGUAUCCAUUGUGAUUUAUUGUGUUGGGUAAUCUAUACAGUUGAAAACAGCAAAAACUAAUAGGCGUACAGGUCUGAAAGUAAUUUGCUUCUGUUUUCUACUAUAUUGUUAUUUCUACACUGGGCACAGCACUGCUUUAAGGCUAGUGUAUGUUAUUGUAAAUAUUAUAUUGUUUGGUAUAAAAGCAGUAUUUCAUAGAUUCUUGUAUAUUGAUGUAUGACAAUAAAUAAAGGAUAUUAGAUUUUUAUAUUU